CAUUCAUAAAAACGGAUAAAACGUCUGCUCGUGAUCAAGUUCACGACUUUUUGUCACGUUGUUGCAGAUUAUUCGUAACUAUUUUUAAAGUUUAGAAGAACUCAAAGUUCGAUAUAGAUUUUUUUAUCAAUUUAUCAAACAUUUUGUUUGCUGCGUCGUGAACUCGGAUCAUAUCUUGUAAAUUUUUCUAAUUCCUUCAGUUCUUUUGCUCCAAUUCGACGAACAUAACCUUUCUCAAAGUAAUAUUUUGUUGCUUAACUUGCUUAGUCUACGGUCUACGUCUACGAUGGACCAUCAUCAAUGCGGAUAACACCUGUAACUUGUGGCAAUCAACAGUUCUGACUGACAAACUUACUUUAACCUUGAAGGCCUUGAAGUAACCGUUCGAGGGAGGAACUGGUUCACAUGAUGGCGGCAAAUCCAAACGGUGUGUCAAUAUUGCCCUACUCCUGUAUAACAUGUAGAGUGGCAUUCAGGGAUUUGGAGAUCCAAAGGCAGCACUACAAAUCAGACUGGCACAGAUACAAUUUGAAGAGAAAAGUGGCAGAGCUGCCGCCAGUGUCAGUGGAAGAAUUCCAGAAGCGAGUGAUAGCGCAGAGGGGAAGAGAGGACAAACUAAGGGAGGACAAAACAUCGAGCCGCUGUAAGCCGUGCAGGAAGAAUUUUGGUACAAAAACUCAACUGGAGAAUCACAUUUUGUCAAGGAAACACAAGGAGAGGGUUUUGAAGAAUGAGAUUGAGGAAGAAGAACGAAGAAAUGGAGAAGAGGACCAGCCGAUGAGAGAGAAUCUACCAGAAUCCACAAAACCCCAAAACUCGAUGAUGAAAAUUCAAAGCGAAGGAACAAAUAAGAUUAAGCGAAAAGACGACGAGAUGGAAUUGGAUUCGGACGUUGAAACGGUCGAUUCCGACGAGUGGAAUGAAAAUCCAGCUGAAAACAACGACUGUCUCUUCUGCAACAAUCACAGUCGUUCUUUCUUGCGAAAUCUCAAACACAUGACUUUGGCACACUCGUUUUUCAUUCCUGAUCCUGAGUACUGCGUGGACCCUAAAGGAUUGUUGAUCUAUCUCGGUGAAAAAAUUUUCUCCGGUUACAUGUGUAUCUGGUGCAACGAAACGGGCAAAGCGUUCCAAAGUUCUGACGCAGCGAGAGCUCACAUGCUGGAUAAAGGUCACUGCAAAAUGAGACACGAGGGUGAGUCUUUGGUCGAAUAUGCAGAGUUUUACAAUUACUCAACGAGUUAUCCGGAUGCUGGAGAAGUCGAUCCGGACACUGACAUUGAAAUACCAGAAAUCGAAGACAACGAUUAUCAACUGGUUCUGCCAUCUGGUAAUGUCAUAGGCCACAGAUCACUCAUGAGAUACUACAAACAGAGUUUGGAUCCAAACAGACCCCUGGCUGUGGCGAAGAGCGAAAAGCUGCGCAAGGUUUUGUGCCAAUAUCGGGCACUCGGCUGGUCCACCACCGAAAAAGCGGCUGUUGAAAAGAAAGCUCGAGAUAUCAGUUACAUGCAGAGAGUUCAAGCUAAAUACAGUACGAAAUUGCAAUUCAAAGCCAACAAGUUUCAGCACCAUUUCAGGCCGCAGGUCAAUUUCUAGUUUUCUCCAAAAUCACACUGUUACGCUCAAGGAAUUUUUAGCAUUCCGCCAGCAUUUCGCAGUCGCUGUAAGAUAACGUUUAUUUAAAUAAAAGUAUUGAAAAAAAGACGAAAA